GUCUUUGCAAUUAUUUCAAUCGUCUAUCAGUUCACAGAUCAAAGACCGGUAUCAUGAGCGUACCCGCAGCAUUAUAUACCAAUGGCAUCAUUAUCACCGUGGACGAGAAACGGCGCGUCAUUCGCAAUGGUUUUAUCGCGGUCAAUGAGAACCGGAUCACUGCUAUAGAUCCCAUGAGCAAGUUAGACAAAGUUCCCGUGACGCCAGAUACGAAGAUAGUCGAUCUCCAGCGUGGGAUCGUCAUCCCUGGCCUUGUGAACGGCCACGUCCAUGUCAUUCAAUCGAUCAUGCGAGGACUAUGCGAGGACCUCAACCUGCACGAGUGGGCAUCCUGCGCGAUUUGGCCAAUGGAAGUGAACCUCCAGGAAAACGACGGCUACGUCGCUGCAAAGCUCGCCAUGGCCGAGAUGAUCAAGACUGGUACCACUUGUUUCCUCGAGCCUAUGCUUCCCGCGUCGGCAGGCUUCGACGGGGUCUGUCGUGCGGUGAAGGAGACUGGAAUUCGUGCAUGCUUGGGAAAACUAGUCAAAGGACCUCGGUCGGAUCCUAGUGCCGGAAUUCCCGACGCCCGCGAUGCCCAAGCCAGCCUGAUGUCCAUUGAUAGCGUCCUAUCCGCUCAUCGUGAAUACCAUGGGUCGUGCAAUGAUCGGUUGCAUGUAUGGGUUGCCACUGAAACGCCAAGGGGAGCCGACGAAGCAGGUUUUGCAGCCACUGGCAAGGCGGCCAAAGACCAUGAUAUCCGUCUCACCAUGCACUUAUCGGAGUCAGCCAAGGACUAUGACAUGAUCCAAAAGAGCUACUCAGCGACACCGGGCAAGUUCACUCGCAAUGUACACGCAGCCGGUCCGCACGUAAUGUUGGGUCAUAUGGUCCAUCUUGACUCUGCGGUGGACAUGGAUAUCUUGCGCGCAGACGGCACGCACAUCGCACAUAACCCGACAAGCAAUGCCAAACUGGGUGACGGGAUUGCUCCGAUCCCCGAGCUUCUCGACCAUGGUGUAAAUGUAUGCCUUGGGAGCGACGGUGGCCCCUGCAAUAAUCAACAUGACCUUUUCCGAGACAUGCAUCUUGCGGGCAUUAUUCACAAGGCAAGGCUACAAGAUGCUCAUGUUAUGCCGGCAGAGCUAGUUAUUGAGAUGGCAACAAUUAAUGGAGCCAAGGCGCUUGGCUUGGAGAAAGAGAUAGGAAGCUUGGAGGCAGGCAAGAAAGCUGAUUUUGUUGUUUUGAAUGCUAAUGGUCUAGGUGCAGCGCCGUUCAAUGAGGCGCUGCUCGGAGAAGGGGGCAUUCAUCCAGCGACAAUCAUAGUGCACUCUUGUACAGGACGCGAUGUUGAGAUGGUUGUGCUUGAUGGCCGUGAAGUUUUAAAGGUUAAAACUCGCGAAACAAUUGCCAGGCUGCAACAGAGAUCGGGGGUUAAGGCGCAGCCUCAAAAAAGAAACUGGAGUUAUGUGUGA